AGCUCGUGGAGCAGCUCCAGGCGGCGAAGCUCCGCCCUCGUGCGCAGCUACAGAGCGUUUAUAUACAAUGUACGAGGCGAGCGCCCGGCUGCAGCAGACGGGCUCGGCGGUUCUCUACGAAGUUUUUACCCCCCAGCAAAACAACAGCACGAAACAAGAUACACUUUUUCUACUUAGUGUCGGAUCACUUUUGGAACUGCACCUUUUUUUUUUCCUCCCUCCUCGUCUCUCCAUUGCUGUUUUCCACUCUUCAGUCGUGGCCAGAUCAGAUAACUUUUUUGAAAAGUUGCUCCCGGUCAGUCUGGGGUCCCGGUUGAUCCUCCAUGAGAGAGCAGCAGCUGCGCCACAAGCUUCAAGAAGAAGACAUGUCUGCAACCAUUCUGUCCGCCUUCUACGACUUCGACAUGUUGUAUAAGCAGGAUAAAAGCCUGAACAUAAAUGCAAUCCAUCUGAACAGCAUGCUGGAUAAAAAGGCGGUGGGCGCCCCGGUUUCCACCUCCAGCACCUCCAGCAGUUGUUCCUACGCACCGGGCUUCUUCCGGAGGAACUCCAUCAGCAGCGCGGACUCUCUGAGCAACAGCAACAAGUUCCCGGCGAAUCCCUACAGCAACCUGAAGGAGAGCAGCUCGGCGAGCGCCACCGCCGCCAUGAAUAAAGAGAACAAGUUCCGCGAUCGCGCCUACAGCGAGACUGGCGAGCGCAGCCAGCAGCUCCAGGUGCUGCAGCAGAAGCCCGGCUCCCAGAUCAACUCGACCCGCUACAAGACGGAGCUGUGCCGGCCGUUCGAGGAGAGCGGCGCGUGCAAGUACGGCGAGAAGUGCCAGUUCGCGCACGGCUACCACGAGCUCAGGAGUCUGUCCCGCCACCCCAAGUACAAGACCGAGCCGUGCCGCACGUUCCACACGAUCGGCUUCUGCCCGUACGGCCCGCGCUGUCACUUCAUCCACAACGCGGACGAGCGCAGGCCCGCGCCCCCCGCCAACGCGAACGUGCAGGGCGAUCCCAAGUCGGCGCGGGAGCUGUGCGCCUUCGCGCAGAGGGAGCGACCCAAGCUGCACCACAGCCUCAGCUUUAACGGCUUCUCGAACCACCACGGACUCGAGGCGGCUUUGCUGGAGAACCCCACGUCCCGCACCCCGCCGCCCGCCUCCUCCUCCUCCUCCUCAUCCUCCUCCUGCUGCUCCUCCUCCUCCUGCUCCAACUCGUCCUGCUCCCCCGGCUUCUACGAGGAGGUGCUGUCGCCCGGCUCAGUGUCCUGCGUGAACGGCGCCUUCUCCUUCCCCGGGCAGGAGCUGAAAAGCCUGCUGGCCCCGCUGGCCGUCCACACGCACGGCGGCUACUGCGGGAACCUGCAGAACGGCGCCUACUACGGGAACCUGCAGAACGCUGGCCAUGUGUGUCCGCCGUCGCCCCCGUACCCCGCGGCGCACCUGCAGGCCCUUCGCCGCCUCUCCGAGUCGCCGGUGUUCGACUCGCCGCCCAGCCCGCCCGACUCGCUGUCGGACCGCGACAGUUACGCUAGCGGCUCCCUCAGCUCCUCCGGCAGCCUCAGCGGCUCCGAGUCCCCGAGCCUGGACGCCGGGAGACGUCUGCCCAUCUUCAGCAGGCUGUCGAUCUCAGACGAAUGACGACGAACUCUUUGGCUGGACUCCUUUUUGUUUGUCUUUCGUUUGUUUGUUUAUUUUGUUCUGCAACAGAGGGACGGGAAGGACGCGAGAUUCCGGCGGUCGGCACUAUCGUCUCCCCGACGACCACCUGCAACUGUUAAUAACGAUCAAAGUAGAAACGCAGCCAGAUCUCUUAAUAAAAGCGCACCGGGGAACAGAGAAUCCUAUCCUUGACAUGGCAUUAGUCUGUUUUCUGUAACGUUAGCUGUGUGUACGCAGUAGACAUCAAACAGAAGGCAUUCCAUCUGUGACUUAAACUUUUUACAGUUGAAAUUGACGGCAAACUACACUCUCCACAAACAAGAUUGUGGGGCAAGAUCGAUAUCUUCCUCCUUUUAGACGAAGAGACUAAGCGGUUUUUAAAUUGAAAGAAAGAAAGAAAGAAAGAAAAAGAAAAAAAAAAAAAAAAAAAAAAUCCAUCCUGCCAAGAAUAUGCCUUGACAAUGUUCUUCAAAGUUUUGAGUUUUUACAACAGCUUAAGAAUUUUCCAUUCCGAAACGUUGACGUAUGACAGCGCCACCCAGUGGCUUGUUUGGUUCGUCGAGUUAGUUGCAGUUGGAAGCACUCAGUUUGUUUGGUUUGUUUGUUUGGGAAAUCACUGCUGAUGAUGGUUGAAUAUAUUUUUUUAGCUAUUUUGAGUGAUCACAUAGCAGUGCCUAACUUGCUAUGAACUAUUUAACUUAUUUAUUAUCUUGUGAAAAAGUAUAGGCUACAUUGGUAAUUUCCUUUUUUGUGUCCAUACUGUAUUUAUCGAGUAUGAUGAAGCAAUAGAUCUAUAUUCUUUUAUGUUUAAAUUAUGAUCGCCAUUAUUAAUCUGCAUAAAGUGGAGUGUAUGUUCUUUUCACAGUAAUAUAUAUUGUUUUGUAACUUCACUUGGUUAUUUUAUUGUAAAUGAGUUAAAAUCUUAAUUUAAGAGAUUGUAUGUGAUAUUUAUUUCAUUAAUUUUUCCUUGUUUACGUUUAUUAAAAAGUUUGCUUGAUUGCGAUUUGUUUGGAGGUCGAGUGUCAAUGCUGUGGAAGGUGUUUUUUUUUUUUUUGAGAAUCCCUCUAGGCAUUUCUGUAGAAUGUAUAAAAGAUUUUUAGGCCGUCCAAACAGCUAGCCUUAAGCUUUUCAAAAGAUCAGACUUCAGUGACAAAGAACCCAAGUAAAUAAAUUAACCAAAAAAGUAUUUUUUUUUGCACGUGGUCCACACUGUGAUUCCAGCCACGUGCUAGAGAAUGUAGCAGUCCCUUGUACCCCAGUGUUAUUGUUUAGUGCCUACAGGGGUCCAUCUUUCAUGCCUUAAGAUUAACCAAAUAAAGUAUUUUCAUACAUGUAUAUUUCUAAACCAGUUGAAUUGAAUGUAGUGUUGGGUUUGAAUUACUAUUUACCAGGUUGUUACCACUUUUGACUUAAUAUCCUGGAGCAACAGUUAGCUGGCUUUUUUUUUUCUGCUACUGUUGUUGUUUGUUUGCUAUUUUUCUAGUUAUAAUUUUGUACUUUUUCUUUAGCAAUUUAAAAUGGUCUGAAUCUUCCAAACUUGCUGGACGGGGGAGUGAUUGAACACAUUUUGUUUGUACAUAGUAGGUACACAGGAUGCGCACUAUGUACUUUUUGACUACUUUUAUCAGAAGUAAAGCUUUUUGAAUGUAACUAAAAACGGACAAAAAGACAUGAGUUGUAUUAUAAAUAUUUUGGGGAGUCAGUUCACUACAAAUUAAGUG